AUGCCAACGACUACCCUAUCCGGGCAGGAAUUCAGCCGUCCUCGGCUUGAGUCUCUACUCAAGAGGCGCUUUUUUUUUACUGAAUCCUUCGAGAUUUACCGAACUGCACCCAAUUACAAGGGCGACAAUCGUGGUCUAUACGACUAUGGCCCUCCAGGAUGUGCACUCCUGUCCAAUAUCGUCAACGAGUGGCGAAGGCACUUUGUCAUUGAAGAAAACAUGCUCGAACUGGACUGUACAUCUAUUACACCCGAGGCUGUGCUGAAGACCAGCGGACAUGUUGACAAGUUUGCCGAUUGGAUGUGUAGAGACCCCGUCAAGGGCGACUUCCUCCGCGCUGAUCAUUUGGUCGAGACUGUAUUGGAAACCCGUAUCGCCAACAACAAAUUAACCCCGGCCGACACGAGCAGCAAGAGCAAAGCUGAACAGUUUGACGAAGCUACCAUGCAGCAAUACAAAGGGAUUUUGGCGAAGAUUGACAAUUAUGACGGUCCCGAGCUCGGAAAGCUUAUCGAAGAUCUUGAUAUCAGAAACCCAAACGGAAACGGAAAGGUCGAAGCGCCGACGGCCUUUAACCUCAUGUUCAAAUCAACCAUUGGCCCCAGUUCGGCAGCGCCCGUCUUCUUUCGACCAGAAACCGCGCAAGGACAGUUUCUGAAUUUUCGCAAACUAUUAGACUACUGCCAGGGGUCUAUGCCUUUUGCAUCGGCCUGUAUUGGUAAAUCUUACCGCAACGAGAUUUCGCCUCGAUCUGGCUUACUUCGCGUGCGAGAGUUCCUCAUGGCUGAAGUUGAGCACUUUGUCGAUCCGGAGAGUAACAAAGCCCACGAACGCUUUUCUGAAAUUGAGCACAUCGAGUUACCAUUCUUGGACCGGCAGACGCAGCUGUCUGGGAAGACCACAGUCGAGACUGCUUCGAUUGGCAGUGCCGUCAGAGGCAAGCUUGUCGAUAACGAGACGCUCGGGUACUUCCUCGCUCGCAUCUAUAUGUUUCUCAUUAAGAUCGGCGCAGAUUCCCAAAAGAUACGCUUCCGACAGCACCUCGAUAAUGAAAUGGCCCACUAUGCCUGUGACUGCUGGGAUGCGGAACUUCUUACCAGUUACGGGUGGAUAGAAUGCGUUGGCUGCGCCGAUCGAAGUGCCUACGAUUUGACUGUGCACUCCAAGGCGACGGGCACGCCUCUUACCGUUAAGGAAAAUCUCCCAGAGCCCCUCGAAAUCACAGAAUGGCAAGCGUCGUUGGAGAAGAAGCUUCUGGGGCCUCGCUUCAAAAAAGAUGCCAAAAAGGUUGAGGCAGCUGUUCAAGCACUCGACCAAAACACGCUGGAGAAUUUGGCCGCUGAACUGGCCGAGAAGGCCUCAAUCUCCAUCCCCACUGGAGAAGCUCUUGCUGACGGUAAGACAACAGCAGAGCUCUCGGGAGAUAUGUGCUCUAUCAAAAAGAUUACCCGCGUUGAACACAUACGUGAGUAUACACCAAACGUCAUCGAGCCGUCAUUCGGAAUCGGCCGAAUUCUUUACAGUAUCCUCGAGCACGUGUAUUGGUAUCGACCUCAAGAUACCGCAAGAGAGGUCCUGUCGCUGCCUAUUCUCACGGCCCCAACCAAGGUGCUCUUAGUGCCACUAUCCAACCAUGAUAGCUUCAAACCUACGAUCAAAUCCCUCGCCAGUCGACUACGUUCUAUAGGAAUUGCCAACAAUACAGAUACGUCGAGUGUGUCUAUUGGACGACGAUACGCCAGAAAUGACGAACUUGGUACACCCUUGGGAAUCACUGUUGACUUUGACACUGUGAAGGAUGGCUCGAUAACGCUGAGAGAGCGUGAUUCUACGGCACAGGUCCGAGCAUCAGAAGAUGACAUUAUUGAGGCGAUCAAGAAUCUCAUUUCUGGGUCUGAAACAUGGAAGCAAGUUUCGCAGCGACUGCCAGCUUUCACUGGACAAGCCCAGGAUGAGUGA